AUGACGAUCAUACCAUCUUCAGACGGCUACGACGAUGACGAUGGCGGUAAUUGUUCUCGCUGCUCCUAUUGCCGCGGCUACAAGGACGCGAUAACCCCGGAACAAAAGUACAGAACCUCGUUCGGGAUAAGAUCCGGCACGGCGGUGCGUGGAUGGCCAAGCCACGGUGGGAUUUUCUUCCUAGACGACUGCGUUGGCGUAGACCUCGAAUUCCUUCAGCUCGACCGUUUCGAACCCACAUUAAGAUCAGAAGACCAGGCGGAGGAAGAUGCGCACUGUUUGAGGAUGCGCAUGCUCGGUGCGGUGUGGUUUGAUAGCGAAUACCCCCGCGAACUAGAAGAUUAUUCCAAACUUGGCGACUACCCAAUAACGUCUCGACGAAGCGAUCAUGUCAUUGCCGGGUACCCAUCCACGGGCGGCGCUUGGGUUCUCCGGGUCUUUGAGGAAGACGGUCGCAGCAUGGGAGUUGGUCGGAUAAAGAACGCGAGAAAUAUGGAAGAGCGGUGCAGGGUCAUUCAGAAGCUUGGUGGGGUGUUUUACGAAGACCCUUUUGAAUCACCCGAACUGGAUCUUCGACACGAAUUUCCAGACCCGAGGAGGAAUGGAACUGUGGUAUACCACAUGAUACGGCACAUGGUUCCGGAGAAGUUGACAUUGGAGAUACGCCAAAAGUCACAAGAAGUCAAAGUAGACUAUGAUUAA